UACUAUAGUAAGACAAUCUCUUGUACUAUAUAUAUUCAUUAAUACAACUCAAGAGGGUAUGCACUUUAGCCCUUCUUUCAUGGUAUCAGAGCGGGAACCCUAAUGUGGGGAUAUCGAUCUAUAGCCACCAUCCACCAUUAAUCUCACAUUUUUCUAUAGGUGUCUUUUCUUUUGGUUUUCUAUCUUCCCAGUACUGCUACAGUACUGCUACAGUAUCAUCGCUACAGUACUGGCGCUACAGUACUGGCGCUAUAGUAACAGCGCUACAGUAACAGCGCUACAGUAUUUCUGCUAUAGUAUUUUCAGCCUUUCUGUGAUUUCUCUUUGCUCCUCUGGUGCCGCUCGGACUGUCCUACUAUUGAUUGCUCGUAUCACUCGGUUCUUUCCUUGGUGCGGUCGAUCUUAUUUGUGGUGGAUCCUUAUCUUAAGGUAGUAAACAUGUCUUCUUCUACCUCAAAUUUGCCAAUUGUUAAUAUCAAAACUCUCAUACCACUAGAACUCACCGAUUCUACAUAUCUUGUGUGGAAACAAGUCUUUCUUAAUGUUCUAGAAAGUUUUGAUGUUACAAAACAUGUGGACGGAACUAGUGUUGUGCCUUCUCAGACUAUCGAUACUGCUGAUAAGAAGGAGGUUAUAAAUCCUGAAUAUGUGAGUUGGAAAAAGAACGAUACUACUAUACUUUCAUGGAUUAAUGCCACUUUAUCUCUUAGCAUAUUACAUAUGGUUGUUUCUAGCUCACCUAAAACUGCAUAUGAUGCUUGGAGAAUUAUUGAGGCAUAUUUUCUUGAUAAGACUGCUUCCACGGCUUUUUCUCUAAAGUCUGAAUUGCGGAGCAUCAAGAAAGGCUCAAUGAGCAUGAGUGAUUACAUGCAAAAGAUCAAGACGAUUGGUAAUGCUCUUCAGGCGAUUGGUGAAAUCGAGUCAGACCAUAAUUUGGUCAUGACUGUUCUUCUAGGGCUACCAGAGGAAUAUCGAGGUUUUGUUAGUGCUCUAAACACACACAGAAAUAAGCCAACUUUUGAACAACUUCGUCCACUCUUGAUGCAAGAAGAAACAGAAGUCCAGCGUCGUACUAGUGUGACUACGUCCUCUACUAUUCCCACUAUUGACGGUGAAGCUCUUUAUGCCAAUCGUGGACGUGGUAAUCAUGGAGGCCGUGGAGGUAGAUAUCGUGGAGGCCGAGGACAGCAUGGUAGACACUACUCUGGUCGUGGAUCUCCUGGAAUCUACCCACAGUCUCAACCCAAUUAUCCUCAACAAUCUCACAUUCCAAAUCAACAACCGUAUAUUCCGAAGUCUGGCAUACAAUGUCAGAUAUGUGGAAAGUUCAAUCAUUCUGCUCUUCAGUGCAGACAACGCUUCAAUCAUUCUUUCAUUGCUGAUGAAGUUCCUCAGACCUUUGCUGCUAUGAACCUUCACGAACCCGGUGAGGAAGUCUGGUAUCCGGAUUCCGUAGCAUCAAAUCAUAUGACCGCAAACUCUGGUAUUCUCUCAUCUUCUAAACCUUAUAGUGGGUAUGAAAAAAUUCUUGUUGGUAAUGAAAAUUUACUUGAUAUUACUCAGACAGGUGAAACUCAAUUGAAUACAUCUUCUAACUCUUUUGCUCUUAAAAAUGUUUUUGUUGUUUCUGCUAUUAAGAGAAAUUUACUUUGAGUGCGUAAAUUCUAU